AUGAAAUCCAACCAAGAGCGGAGCAACGAAUGCCUGCCUCCCAAGAAGCGCGAGAUCCCCGCCACCAGCCGGUCCUCGGAGGAGAAGGCCCCUGCCCUGCCCAGUGACAACCACCGGGCCGAGGGCGCCGCAUGGCUCCCCGGAAACCCUGGUGGCCGCGGCCAUGGGGGAGGGAGGCACGGGCCGGCGGGGACCGCGGCGGAGCUUGGUUUACAACAGGGAAUAGGUUUACACAAAGCAUUGUCCACGGGGCUGGACUACUCCCCGCCCAGCGCUCCCAGGUCUGUCCCCGCAGCCACCACGCUGCCCACAGCGUACCCUCCCCCGCAGUCAGGGACUCCAGUGUCCCCCGUGCAGUACACGCACCUGCCGCACACCUUCCAGUUCAUUGGGUCCUCCCAGUACAGCGGGCCCUACGCCGGCUUCAUCCCGUCACAGCUGAUCUCCCCGACGGCCAACCCCGUCACCAGUUCGGUGGCCUCCGCCGUGGGGGCCACCACUCCAUCCCAGCGCUCCCAGCUGGAGGCCUAUUCCACUCUGCUGGCCAACAUGGGCGGCCUGAGCCAGGCACCGGGACACAAGAUUGAGCAGCCACCGCAGCACCUCGGCAGGACCCCGGGGCUCAUCACCCCGGGGUCCCCACCACCCGCCCAGCAGAACCAGUACGUCCACAUUUCCAGUUCUCCGCAGAGCACCGGGCGCACCGCCUCUCCCCCGGCCAUCCCCGUCCACCUCCACCCCCACCAGACGAUGAUCCCACACACGCUCACCCUGGGGCCCUCCUCCCAGGUCGUCGUGCAAUACACCGACUCCGGCAGCCACUUCGUCUCUCGGGAGUCCACCAAGAAGGCCGAGAGCAGCCGGCUACAGCAGGCCGUCCAGGCCAAGGAGCUCCUCAACGGCGAGGUGGAGAAAAGCCGGCGGUACGGGGCUCCGUCCUCGGCCGACCUGGGCCUGGGCAAGGCAGGCAGCAAGUCGGUCGCUCACCCGUACGAGUCCAGGCACGUGGUGGUGCACCCGAGCCCCGCGGACUACAGCAGCCGCGAUCCGGCGGGGGUGCGGGCCUCGGUGAUGGUCCUGCCCAACAGCAGCGCGCCCGCCACAGACCUGGAGGUGCCGCAGGCCGCCCACCGGGAGGCCUCCCCCUCCACCCUCAACGACAAAAGCAGCCUGCACCUGGGCAAGCCCGGCCACCGGUCCUAUGCGCUGUCGCCCCACACAGUCAUCCAGACCACGCACAGCGCCUCCGAGCCACUCCCGGUGGGACUGCCGGCCACGGCCUUCUACGCGGGGACCCAGCCCUCUGUCAUUGGCUACCUGAGCGGCCAGCAGCAAGCCAUCACCUACGCCGGCAGCCUGCCCCAGCACCUGGUGAUCCCCGGCACGCAGCCCCUGCUCAUUCCGGUGGGCAGCGCUGACGUGGAAGCGUCGGGGGCAGCCCCUGCCAUCGUCACGUCGUCCCCUCAGUUCGCUGCAGUGCCUCACACCUUCGUCACCACCGCCCUUCCCAAGAGCGAGAACUUCAGCCCCGAGGCCCUGGGUACCCAGGCCGCCUACCCGGCCAUGGUGCAGGCCCAGAUCCACCUGCCCGUGGUGCAGUCGGUGGCGUCUCCUGCGACGCCUGCCCCUACACUGCCCCCGUACUUCAUGAAAGGCUCCAUCAUCCAGCUGGCCAAUGGGGAGCUGAAGAAGGUGGAAGACUUAAAGACGGAAGACUUCAUCCAGAGCGCAGAGAUAAGCAGCGACCUGAAGAUCGACUCCAGCACUGUGGAGAGAAUGGAGGACGGCCACAGCCCAGGCGUGGCCGUGAUACAGUUCGCAGUGGGGGAGCACCGAGCACAGGUCAGCGUUGAAGUUUUGGUAGAGUAUCCUUUUUUUGUGUUUGGACAGGGCUGGUCGUCGUGCUGUCCAGAGAGAACCAGCCAGCUCUUUGAUUUGCCGUGUUCCAAACUCUCAGUUGGGGACGUCUGCAUCUCGCUAACCCUCAAGAACCUGAAGAACGGCUCUGUUAAAAAGGGCCCGCCCGCGGAUCCUGCCAGCGUCCUGCUGAAGCACUCAAAGACCGACGGCCUGGCGGGCAGUAGACACAGGUACACCGAGCAGGAAAACGGAAUCAAUCAGGGAAGUGCCCAGAUGCUCUCUGAGAACGGUGAACUGAAGUUUCCAGAAAAGAUAGGAUUGCCUGCAGCGCCCUUCCUCACCAAAAUAGAACCCAGCAAGCCCACGGCCACGAGGAAGAGGAGGUGGUCAGCGCCGGAGACCCGCAAACUGGAGAAGUCGGAAGACGAGCCGCCUUUGACUCUUCCUAAGCCUUCUCUAAUUCCUCAGGAGGUUAAGAUUUGCAUUGAAGGCCGGUCUAACGUAGGCAAGUAGAGGCAGCGUGGGGGAAAGGAAUCGUGGCUCUCCCUUACCCUUUGUAUCCAGAUUACUGUACUGUAGGCUAAAUAACACAGUAUUUACAUGUUAUCCUUAUUUUAGGUUUCUGUUCUAACCUUGUCAUUAGAGUUACAGCAGGUGUGUCACAGGAGACUGGUGCAUAUGCUUUUUCAGUGAGGGGCAGGUGGAGGGCCAGAGCAGGGACAGUCCAGCCUCCAGGCAUCCCAGGAGGAAAGAAGGCAUGUGGCUUCCUAGCCUCUGUCUUCCCUAGCAGCACAGAAGCAUGCAGUGAGCACUGACCUGCCGCCAGCAUCAAGAGAAAGUUGGGUGGGGAGGGACCUGCAGGGGUGCGUGCGGCAGCGAGUGCGAGUCUCCUGUCUCUCUGCCUCCCUCUCUUGCUGUCAGCAUGGGAUGAGGUCCAGUGUCCUCCUGGGGUUCCCACUUUAGGGCAUUGUAGAGAGGUAUCAGACGGUGGAUGGAAAGCUAACCGUUUAAAAGAGCAUUUUUUUCUCUCCAACCUAUUUUACAAUAAAAGCAACUUUUAAUCGUAUAGAUAUAUAUUUCCCCCUAUGGGGCCUGACUGCACUGAUAUAUUUUUUUUUAAAAAAGAGCAACUGCCACACGUGGGAUUUCAUUUCUGCUUUACGAAUGCAGGGGUGUCACCAGGGUGUCAUGGUAGACAGGGAAGCCACCACUCACAUCACUCCACGUGGGGGGGUGGAGGUUAGGGGGGAGAAUGAACGCCCACGCCGGUCUCUGUGCAGUGUUAGGAAAACCAAUCAGGUUCUUUCAUUGACUUCGCUCCCAAGAGGUAGAUGCAAACUGCCCUUCCGUGAGAGCCAUGGAAGCUCUUCGAGUUGAGUUUGCAAAAUCUUUUUGUCUUUUAACUCUAGUACUGUUUAUAGUUCAUGACUAUGGACAACUCGGGUGCCACUUUUUUCAGAAUCCAGUGUGACACAAGGAAUUAGAUUUUGAAGAUGAGCAUAUAUUACUAUCUCUAAGCACUUAAAAUGCUGUUCACACUUUAUUACCAAGCAUCUUGGUCUAUCAUUCAACAAGUACUGUAACUCACUUUAAACUCUUUGGGAAGAAAAAACAACAACAAAAACUAAGUUGCUUUCUUUUUUUUUUUUUCAACACUGUAACUACAUUUCAGCUCUGCAGAGUUGCUCACGAGCAAGGUAUUGAAAGUUUCAAUGUGGUUUAAAGAGAUGAAUGUGAAUUAUGAACUAGUAUGUGACAAUAAAUGACCACCAAGUACUA